CUCAAAAUGAGUGCAAUGUUGGAAACCCCUGAGCUGCCGGCAGUGUUUGAUGGGGUGAAGCUAGCUGCAGUUGCUGCUGUUCUGUAUGUUAUUGUUCGCUGCUUGAAUUUAAAAAGCCCAACUGCCCCUCCUGAACUCGUUUACCAGGACUCUGCUUUGGCUCGCUUUCUACUCAAAUCCUGCCCACUUCUGACCAAAGAGUAAGUAGUAUAUUUUUUCCAUGUUGAUCUGUGGAAAAAGUGGACAUAUCCAGACUGCCCUUUACGGAAAAAUGGGGAGAGUGAGAUCACCACAUCCAUAUGGACUUCGCAAGUACCUCACGAUGCCAGAUGGAGCAACAGCCACCUUUGAUCUCUUUGAGCCGCAGUCUGAGCAUUGCAUUGGAGAGGAUGUCACGAUGGUAAUCUGCCCUGGGAUUGCUAACCACAGUGAAAAGCAGUAUAUCCGCACUUUUGUUGACUAUGCGCAAAAAAAUGGGUACAGAUGUGCUGUCCUGAAUCACUUGGGAGCCUUACCGAAUAUUGAGCUCACUUCUCCACGAAUGUUCACAUACGGAUGCACCUGGGAAUUUGGUGCCAUGGUUAAUUACAUCAAGAAGACCUAUCCUCAGACCCAGCUGGUUGUCGUGGGCUUCAGUCUGGGUGGAAACAUAGUGUGCAAGUACCUGGGAGAGAGCCAGGCCAACCAGGAGCGAGUCCUGUGCUGCGUCAGCGUGUGCCAGGGGUACAGUGCACUCAGGGCACAGGAAACCUUCAUGCAGUGGGAUCAAUGUAGAAGAUUUUAUAACUUCCUCAUGGCAGACAACAUGAAGAAGAUCAUCCUUUCUCACAGGCAAGUUCUCUUUGGAGAUAACAACAUGAAGAAGCCACAAAACCUGUCAGAUGCUGAUCUGAGCAAACUCUAUACAGCAACAUCCCUUAUGCAGAUUGAUGAUAACAUUAUGAGGUAUGAAGGGCGAUUCUCUGAUCCUCUGUAG